AUGGGCAAAACUUCUAAAGACAAGAGAGAUAUUUACUAUAGAUUAGCUAAAGAAGAGGGCUGGCGAGCCAGAAGUGCUUUUAAGUUACUGCAAAUUAAUGAAGAACACAAUAUAUUUAAGGGUGUAACUCGCGCCGUGGACCUAUGUGCAGCGCCCGGUAGCUGGAGUCAGGUUCUAACAAAAAAUCUGCGACAAAAUGCGGCUAAUGUCGAGGACGUUAAAAUUGUUGCUGUUGAUUUACAAGCAAUGGCAGCUCUUCCUGGUGUAAUACAAAUACAGGGCGAUAUCACAAAACUGUCUACAGCAAACGCUAUAAUCCAAGAAUUUGAAGGAAUGAAAGCUGAUUUAGUAGUUUGUGAUGGAGCUCCAGAUGUAACAGGGCUUCAUGAUAUUGAUGAAUAUGUGCAGUCACAGUUGUUGUUAGCUGCACUCAAUAUUACAACACAUGUAUUAAAGAUAGGUGGUGUGUUUGUGGCCAAAAUAUUCAGAGGAGAAGACAUCUCUCUUUUAUAUUCGCAAUUGAAACAGUUCUUUGAAUAUGUGACGGUAUCUAAGCCAAGAAGUUCAAGAAAUUCCAGUAUAGAGGCUUUUGUAGUGUGUCAAAACUAUCAGCCACCUGAAGGAUAUGUACCAAACAUGGUGAACCCAUUGCUAGACCAUAAAUACUGUGACUUUAAUCAGUUUACAGGCCCUAAUAGGUUUAUUGUACCAUUCAAUGCCUGUGGGGACUUAAGUGCAUAUGAUUCUGAUACAUCAUACCCGCUGUUGUUGGAAGGGCAAACAUCCUAUGAAUACAAAGAGCCUGUACAAAGUCCCAUCAAUCCACCUUACAAAGAUAUUUUAGACAAAACUAAAAAUAUGAAUUUAAAAAGUACAUAA